AUGGGAUCUUUGGCUGAGACACAGCUCACUCCAGCAAAAAUCUCAGACGAAGAGACCAACCUCUUUGCUAUGCAGCUCGCCGGAGCCACCGUGCUUCCGAUGGUUCUAACAUCGGCUUUAGAGCUUGACUUGCUCGAGAUCAUAUCCAAGAAUGGCGGUCAACUGUCCCCCUCCGAGAUAGCUUUCCAUCUUCCGACCAAGAACCCUGAUGCUCCAGUCAUGGUCGACCGGAUCCUCCGGUUGCUUGCGGCUUACUCUAUCUUGACCUGCUCUGUUCGUAAGCUUAUUGAUGGCGGUGUGGAGCGUCUGUAUGGACUGGAACCAGUCUGUAAGUACCUGACUAAGAACGAACGCGGAGUCUCACUUGCUGCACUCUGUCAUUUGAACAGAGACAGAGUCUUUAUGGAGAGCUGGUACCAUUUGAAAGAUGCAGUUCUUGAAGGCGGAGUCCCAUUCGACAAGGCAUAUGGUAUGGACGCUUUCGAGUACCAGGGGGUCGACCCGAGAUUCAACAAAGUGUUCAACAAUGGAAUGUCGAACCACACAACCAUCGUCAUGACCAAGAUUCUAGAAACCUACAAGGGCUUUGAGGAUUUGUCUUCAUUGGUAGAUGUUGGUGGUGGCAUUGGAGUCACUCUCCGUAUGAUUGUAUCCAAGCACCCUGACAUCAAAGGCAUCCUUUAUGAUCUCCCUCACGUCAUUAAGGAAGCCGUCGCCUAUCCUGGUAUUGAGCAUAUCGAGGGAGAUAUGUUUGUGAAUGUUCCUAAAGCAGAUGCCAUCUUCAUGAAGUGGAUAUGUCAUGAUUGGAGCGAUCAACACUGUUUGAAAUUUCUGAAGAACUGCUACAAAGCGCUCCCAGAAAACGGUAAAAUGAUAGUGGCAGAAUCUAUACUUCCGGUGGUGCCAGACUCGAGCCUCAUGACAAAAGAAGUUGUCCACAUGGACUGCCUAAUGUUGGCUCACAACCCCGGAGGCAAAGAACGAACUGAGGAGGAAUUUGAGGCCUUGGCCAAAGCUUCUGGCUUCCAGGGAUUCCAAGUUGUUUGCAGAGCCUACGGUACUCACAUCAUGGAAUUCCUCAAGAAUAUAUGAAUUGCGUGAAAGAUACAUGAAUGUUUCUUUCGUCUCCUUUUGCAUUCAGAGUUUUGUUUACAUCUCCAUUGUUAAUAUCUUAUCUCUCUUUGGUAUUCAAAUCACUAUGUAUGUCAUUGUUGUUUUUGCUGGAAGCUUCAUUGCUUUGUAUGUAAUUGUAGUUUAAACGCUUGUGAAAGUGUUGAUAUAUAAGAUACAAAGCUGGUUUUGUUUCUGAGGUAUCUUCAUAUCUCCAUUUCUAUGGGUAGACUAGAGAGUUAGACAUAGUUACACGUUUUAUAUA